GACCCGUGUUCCGUCACUGGCGAUGCAGUGCGAUUGUUAGUCAUUCACUUGAUCGCCUAGCGUUGAGGCGUACGUAUCGAAUUUCUGUUGUUCCGUCCGUUCCGUUCCGGACUGUUUAAACGUUGUUCAAUAAUUCAAAGUUGUGGUGUAUCAACAUUGAUCGUUGGUGGACUGAAUGAUUUCAGGUCCGCGUAGUCCCCCCCUCCAAGUGUGUUCGGGAAUCAAUCAAUGCAUCAACAGUGGAGUGGUGUCAUCAAUAGAAGUCGCAAGUGCCCGAGAAUGAAUGUGUAUAUGUGAUUGAGACACGAAACGGGGUAUCCUCACACGGUGCUUACACGCAUGGGAGCCGAUUGAUGAAAGGAUAUAACGGUAAAUUAAUUGAACGACGACAGCGGUAAGCUUUAGCGUUGCUGCCGCAAAAGGAUUAGUUCAGUUCAGUGUGUGGAGGUGUGUGGCUCAUAAGACAAAGUGGAGAUUCGCUAGGUUGGAUUAAGUGCAAAGUGGCGAAUUCAAGAUUGAAUCUGACUGACUGAAGAAUACACACGGAUUCGUGUGUUGGGCGUGGUAGGAGAUUGUAGCCGAAGGCGCCAGAAGAAGCGGCAAGUGGAACACAAUUCUGCGGAUGGUCUUCGUUGGAACUACAAAAUGACAAUGUCCCAACUACUGAAGCAAACGAAGAAAUGUUGCGUGAAGAUAAUCAGAAAGUUCUCCAGCGGCACCCCGUCAUCGGGCGGCGGCACCGGAGACAGCGAUGUCGUUACCAGCAGCGGCCGCUCAAUUUCCCUGAAUAACCGGGCGACCGCAAAGUAUGUGCUGCACAAAAAUUGCACUCCCACGCGGUGCAAGAUUCAGCCCACAGUGCCGGAGGGCUUCGGGGAGGCGACGGCCAGCUGGACGGAUGAGCCGGCGCCCGUUUCACCCGUGCGGCGACGGCUCGAGGGUUUGUCACCCUCCACACCCACGGAAAAGGAGGUCCCGGUUACGCAGAACAACUAUCGGGCCAGCAGGGACGCGAAGAACCAGCCCAAGAAGCGGACCAACAUCAACAGCAAUAAGAAUGUGAACAUUCGGAAGUGUUUCCGGCUGCGGAAGGGAUUCAAGGAUGAGUUGGGGGGCGAGGAGAUGAACAACGGUAACGGCGCGGUGGUGUCAUCGAAGCUGGAUAAAAUAAACAAAACGUUGUACCUUGUGGCGAGGGGUGGUCCCCACCAGGAUGAGGAUGUUGUGUAUAGCGAGAGCAAAGCGUUUGGUGGCGUCAAUGCGAAUAACCUCAAUUCGCAAGCCAGUGAGAAAAGUAAAAUUUCCAAGCCAUUAUUCCUGAGCGCGAAGCAGAAAAAGUACAACCAAAUCGAGACCCAAUUCAGCGCCGAUGAUGACGUAGAAUUCGACCGUCUCAACGAUGAUGAGAUCGUGCCAUACGAGAUGGAUGCAAUUCGGGCGGAAAGCAGCUCCCACGAUGGCAGCCGAUUACAGUUCGAACUGAGUCAGCCACUCCCGGAAACAAGUGGAUCACCUCGACCCGGCGGCAGCACCAGCAUCAGCAAUAACUACGAAGAAGUCGUAUUCGAGAAGGUGAAAUUCGACCAGAAUAAGCGAUAUCUCCGGAACGGCACCACCAGCUCUCCGUCCACCGCUAGCAACCUUUCGCACAGCGGCUCAUGCGUGGCCCAUUCUGCCGGAAGCGUGUUCGAAUAUGACCCCGACCAUCCGCUCUCGCAAUAUGCUGGUGUAGCCAGCAAAAGCGAGGACUUCAUCGACUCUUGGCGAAACUACAACGUCAACAGUCGGUGGAACAAAGUCGCCAAAAACCCAUGGGACGCGGAAGUGCAGAAAGCGGAAUCACCGGUAAUGUUCGCCCACGAGCACCCCUCGUGGAGCAACUUCAUCGACGAAUCACCCCGCGAAUCCAGCAGUCCUGCACCAGCAGCACAACAGCAUCGAUCCUCCGCGGGGAAAACAUACCCUCCGCCCUAUCAGGUGCGCACCGACAUCUGGCAGAAUCUGAACAACAAAAACUACGAAAUUGACUCGGACGUGUUCUGGCGGACGUCGAACUCGUCGCGACGUACCUCGGCCAGCACCGUCGAGACAUGGAUUGAGGACGAAGCAUUCGACAACUCCUUCAACGAGGAGCUGGAACGGCGAUGUGCCACACUCAAGAUCUAGAAAACGUGAGGGAGGGAGAGCAAGAAGGGCGGAGCAAUGUCCAAGGCUCGCACGUGAAACUUAGUUUUUUUGAAGCAUGUGAUAUUACACCUAUUAAUAUAUAAAACAAGAGUAAAGAUAAUCGAACCGAACAAAUCUAAGUCUAGUUUAGUUUAUUUUAUAUUCGAGAAUUCGACCUUUGUGUUUGCUGUUUUGUGAUUUUAUUUUCAGUUGAUUAAACAAAUGAUCUCAGCUAGCGUACGAAUAUACUUUUAGCUUUUAUUUAACUUGAACCGAUUUAUAUAUUCCUCCCGGAAAUUUGUUUUAACAUAGAUAUAUAAUAUAAUGACUCUAGCGUGUAAGGUCGUCAUGUUUUCUACCUUGUACCUUCACCUCGAAGAAAAAAAGUAACUCGAAUCAAGAGGAGAAGCUCACACAAAAAAUAGGGCGCCGCCCGGCGUACAGGAAAUCUAAUAUUCGUGAGAAUAGGUCGAAACCGUACGGGCUCUGCGGGCGGGUUCGUGUGCCGUAUGGAGACCCCGAAAAGAAUAAUUGCAGGAAAAAAGUUAACGUGAAUUUUUCUAUUUCCUUUCUCUCCUUUUGAAUUCCAUACCUCCUACUUAUAAUGCAAUCAGCGAUGACCUUGUUCGGUAGCUUGUGAAUGAGGAACAAAACAAAAAGUCAUGGUUAAAUGGACGGUUUAACAAAAUCAGCGAAAAUCAGAUACCUAAUAAAGAGAAAAUAUGAAAAGCAAA